GAUAAUGACAGCGACGGAGCGCGAUGCUUAGACAGAUCGGCGCUCAUUUUUGACACGGUUGUAGCAUAGCGAAGUCUGGACAUCGGACAGAAUCGUACGGCCUCAGGCGUCCGUCAAUUGUGUUGCAUCCUCGACAGUUGUGGUCCAGCGAGAAUCUAGCGGAUAACGGCAGCGACGGACCGGACCUAGCCGUUGCCUUUUCUGAACACCGAAAUGUGCUGAAGACACACAAAAGUCGCAACCGAUUGUUGUGUGGUUGUAAAUUCGGGAUUUCUGCAAGUGUAAAGUGUACUCGAUCCCGUUAUCGGCUUUGCUUGUGUUUUGGAGUGGCUGUUUCGCUUAUCUCCAUCCAGCCGGAUAAGCUACGUCGUGAGCAUUGGUCAAGAUAUGCAUGGAUAAACACAGGUGCAUUUAUGGAACACAGAAUUUGCUUGCAUGACCCAAGAUGGUGCCACUGUGAUGAAAUGUCUCAGAGAGUACACUGAAAUCAGAUUUUGAGAUAUAAACAGCACCGGGAACUGUUUUUAGUUCGCAUUACAGAAACCACACAUUAGACUGUGGAAAAAAACAAACAAAAACAAAUCAGCUGGAAUUUGAAGAAGUGGUGGUGGAAGGUAAAGAUAUGGAUGGUAAUAUGGGAGAGAUGUCUGUGCACAGCCAUGUCGAGCUGGCACACAGUCAGGACAGCCGAGCCAUGCUGCACUCUCGGGAUCUCACGGCUGCCUUCCCUCGCCCCUCUCUGGGAGGCCCUGUCAUGGGCCUGGAGUCUGACCACCAGAGCCCCACAUAUGACCACAUGGCAACUCUGGGGUACAGCAGGGAUGCACCAACUACCUGUGGAAGCACCUACACCACACUGACCCCCCUCCAGCCAUUUGAUGACAAAUUCCACCAUCAUCACCACCAUCCCUGCCUGCCCGUCAGCAAUGUCAUCGGCAGCUUCACUCUCAUGCGGGAAGACCGAAGUCUAGGGGGAAAUUACUACACAUCAUAUGGAAAAGAUUUCGUGGGACAAGGCCUGUCUCCACCGCUGGGCAGUGCAGGUUUGGAUACUGCCAUGCAUGGCUAUGGUACACUGGGAAGCCAGAAUGGACACAGCCAGAUGCUACCAGGUGGCCAUGAGGUCCAUAUGGGCAGCAACGGGAGUAACAUCUGUCGAACAGUGCCAGACUUUGUGAGAGAGAUGUCACCGCCCUCUCUGGGGACUGAGCAUGGGGUCAGCCACCAGCUAAACAAAAUGGAUGCCCAUCAGCACACUCCCACUUACCACCAUCAUUUAUACAACCAAAGUUAUCAGCACCACCUUCCCAGCCAACAGGCCUCCAAGCUUGGGGAGCUCCCUUCUUCCCCUUCCUCCUCUGGCUCCAGCCUGGGAAGGGAGGGCAUGCUUGCUGGCUCGCAGAACGGCAGUGGAGGGGAGGAGAUCAACACCAAAGAUGUUGCUCAGAGAAUCAUCACUGAGCUGAAGAGGUACAGCAUCCCACAGGCCAUUUUUGCAGAGCGAGUUCUGUGCAGGUCUCAGGGCACUCUGUCAGACCUGCUCAGGAACCCCAAACCUUGGGGGAAACUCAAGUCUGGCCGUGAAACCUUCAAGAGGAUGUCCCGCUGGCUACAGGAGCCAGAAUUUCAAAGGAUGGCCUCGUUACGACUGGAAGCUUGUAAGCGUAAGGAACAGGAGCAGUCCAAGGUGGAACGCAACCAGGGGCCCAAGCGCACAAGGCUAGUCUUCACAGAUCUGCAGCGUCGCACACUGAUGGCCAUUUUCAGAGAGAACCACAGACCAACUAAAGACCUCCAGAUCACCAUCUCUCAGCAGCUGGGCCUUGAGCUGUCCACUGUAAGCAACUUCUUCAUGAACGCUCGUCGCAGAAACCUCAACCGAUGGGCAGAAGAGGGCCGUCCAUCCUCCACCGGCUCAUCGGGCUCCAGCACCGCAUCUCCAGCUGUGACUUGCUCCACAGCAUGAUAGGAAAAUGAGCCGUUUUCUGCUCCGCACAGCACAGGUUAAGCUGCAGCUCCUAGUGUUUGAGAUUUUUAAUCAAAAGUGUUUUUGUAUACAAAUCAACAGCAUAUGAAACCAAAGAUGAAGUCUUCACGAGGGUGAUGUCCGCAAUGUCUAGACGAGACAGAAUUUGAUUGUAGUUUUAGCAUCGAUUACUUUAGCUUUAAUCGUGAAGGAUGAGCCCACCACACUGGGGCUUAUGAAAUCAUUCACAAAUCAAGCGUUAUGAAAAGGUAUUGAAUAGAUAUGAAAUCGGUUUAUUUUGUAAUUUGUUACAGCAUAUGAAAUCACUGCAAGGUUUAAUCAUUGCUGAAAAAUGAUAUUUUUAGGGUUCUUAAAAGACAUGAUUUUGCAACAAAUGGAUAAAUAUUGACCAAAGAAACAAAGAAGGAUGCAAACAAAUCUUUCACAGAUACUUUUAAAGGGGAAAACUACUGGACAAAGAAGCUGAAACCAAAAUGUGAACAUUUUUCGAGAGCUUGUUUUUUUUUAUACUCCAUUUUAAAAGCCAGGCCUCAUUGCCCAAGAAGAAAGCCUCUGCUGUGGGACAGCUACAGUUUUGGCACAGGACAGAGUUGCAUCCUCAGACAAUAUGAGCGCAAGCUCGAGACAUGGAGAAGCAGGAAGAGCAGCUGUGACACUUUUUGCAAGACUUCCCGGUGAGUUUCUUUAUGACAGGCCACUCUCUCCUUCAGCAUAAUUUCCAUCUUAUUUCGAAAAUUUCUAAGAUGUCACUCUGAGGAUGGAGAAUUGUAUUUUUUUUUUGUACAAAUUUCAAGCACACAAUCUGGCCCGAUGGCUCUUCAUAUUGGAAAACAAAGCUCAAAAUCUCGAAAACCCUGAUGGAAAGUACUCACAAAAAGCUUGAAUUGAAAAUGAACUGAGAACCACUUUGUGUAUUUAUAAUUAUUUAUGUAUUUAUUUCCAAUCUUCUAGCUAUUUAUUUUAUUUAUUUGAUAGUUACCGUCAGUAUUUAUUUCACCAAGUGUUGUUUGUGUGUGAAAAAUGACCCUGUCUCUGAUAGGAGUCCCAAUACCAAAGAUGAAUAUUUGUCCUCCCUGAAUGUCCGAUGUUUCUCAUCUACUCAACGCUGUGUUAGUAUCUUGAUAGCUGGGCUAGCGUAUUCAUCCAUGUUCAUCGUUCACGUGCUGCAUGUCUAGACCCUUUAGGGCACAGCCUAACCAAACAGAUCGAGACUCAGCAUGAGAUGGCACACAAGUGGCUGUGAAGUCAAGAUGACUCUAUAUUUAGGCUGUUGAACUGUGAUCUCCUCAGUGCAGUCCACAUUUACUGUACGACGAUCAUACAUAAUGCGCUGUGGUCUCUCGGGUGGGCUUGCCGAGGGAGUGAUCGUCCCUUUUUCAAAUGCUCUUUCUCGUUCCCCUGUGUUUUAACCUUUGCAGGGAAUGUAGUGAGGCCUCUUCGCAGCACGCACUUGAAAGAGGGCCCAUGAAAGAGGCCAUCGACUUUUGCCAACUUCAAAGAAGCUCUUUUUAUCUGUGUCCUCUUGGCGGCUGGGGCCGGCACUCGCUCGGGCCCAUGGGCUUAGGGCGUUCACGGGGAGGGGUGGCAGAUCAGAGGCUCGCUGCAUUACCAAAUCACAGCAAGGAAGGGGAGGGGUGGUGAAUGGGAGUUUGGGGAUGCGAAUUAAAGUUUAAUGAGUGACAAUUGUAAGCAUGCUGCGCGCAGGGCAAAGGGUGUUGGCGUGUGUGUGUCUCAACUCUCCAGGUCACCCUGUUGCAGUGCUAGUUGUCGGGCCUCUCUUUUCAUAGAAAUGUAUUGAAUUAGGAUAUGAUCAUAUGGAGAAUUAAAGUAGUAGAUGGUAAGAGAUCACUCAAUGACCUGUAGCAUCCAGAAAAGUAUGUUUAGCUGACGUACCUUAGCAUUUGGCGGCUCCUGGUGGACACUUUGUUCAUGAACUUAAGAUGACGGCAAAAUGUUCCAUUUCCAUUGUUGGAAGUGCAGCGAUGUUUGGACCACUGCUGACAAAGUCACUUUCAAACAAAGCAGUUCUCAGAUGGUCACCGCGGCGAAUUUGGCCAUCUUGAGUAGAAUCAACAUGGGGAAUUUCUUCGUCCUCGCGCGACACUCUCGCUCGAUUUGAGUAGAAAUUUGCCUGCCAAUUUUUCCCGGGCAACGGUAAAUGUGACCGCACCUUGAGAGGCACAAAUAAAUUGCGCCAUAUUCUCGUAGUGUUUAACCUCUUCAGAUAUAUUUAAAUGAGUUAGUACAGUGUGUAAGUCUGAAGUGAAAUUUCCAUUCCCUGCCGCCAUAGGGGAACCCGUUUCCGUUUGGCGCUUUUUGUUCUGCCCGACAGCUCUAAUUUCAUCUACCUCAACUGUAUGUGAUGUGUCGUGUAGCUAAGAUGUAACUGUACCAAAGAUCCCAUCCAUUCAGGGAGCGUCUGUGCGUUACUAAGUUUUUAUAGCCAAAUGUGCUGGAAUCAAUCCGUGAACACAACUAAAUCACAGCCCUACCUGCAGGCAGAAAGAACCUUGUUUGUUUGUUUGUCUGUGUGUGUAUGUGCGAGAGAGAGGGAGAAAUGAGAGAGACUGAAGAACAUUUAUCAAUAUAAAGACCAAAUGGGAAUGACAAUCGGAGCAAGAAAAGGGGUCUUGCUGAUCCUAUGAUUGCUUAUCCCUCCAAAAAAAAAAAAAACUACCAAAAAAGUGUUACUGUGUAAAAGUGAGGAGACCAAAAUAAAUGUUAAAUAUGUUUGUCUCUACAAAUAUGAUGCAAUUAUGUUCUAGCUGUGUCAUAUGGAACAUCUUAUUGAAAAAAAAAAUGAUUUUAGCAACUUUAUUGUUGGAUCACAACAUAGGCUGACAGAAUUCAUUCGCUCAAGGCAUUUUUGUCAUCUGGAGAUCCACUUAUUAACGGUUCGGGUAAGCAGACUGAAAAGGUAGCAAGUGUAUUCUUUUUUCUUCUUUUACCUGUCAUUCAUCUAAAAUCUUUUUCUGCUGGUGUGAGCAUCUGUGUCAUAUUACGCCAUUCUCUCCCUUGUGUUACCUUAUGAAUGUGGCUAAUCAACCAAAGGUGUAAAAAUCACAGCAAUUUAAAUGUCAAUCAUAACUGGACAUUGUGUGCUGAUCUUGAAAAAUCCUUUAAUACCUCAUGUGAAACUGUUCGUUGUGAUGUUGCACUGAAUAAACCAAGUCAUUUGUA